AUGGAGGGCGAUCUGUCGAGUGGCAUAGGGAAGAGGAGAGUCAGAAGAAGGUAUGAAGAUGAGCCUGCUAUUCAGGAAGUGGAAAAAGAGAGUAGUUCAGGAUAUGUUUCCCAUGAUGAUGGUGGUCUAGAAACAACAAAUAGGCAGCCUGUUAGAAACGUAUCUCGUUAUGAAGGGUCACCAGACUAUAAGGAAUCACAUGGCCACCCUAGCAUACAUGAUAGAAUAGGCCAGAGCCGGUACGGUGGCAAAGUGUUGACCAAAGAGGCGGCCGAAGCUCAAAAAUAUCAAAGGCUAAUUAGGGAUAUUCGUCACUUGGAACAAAGAGUAUCAAGGACUAGUUGGGAAAGUCUUUCCCGUAAUGACCAGGAUGAACUUGGUUUGAAAAGAGAUCUUCUAAAGUUGUAUGAGCAAAGACAGUCUGAAUCAAGAAAAAGUGCGCUCGCUGCUCAAGGAAGCCUGGAUGCGAAUAAGAAUGAUGCGCCAAGGCGUGGUAAACAAUUUGAAAACACUGAGCAAAAGACCAGACAGCAAGUCUGGGAGGAGCGACAACUGGGAAAUGCAGUUUCGAGGCAGGAUACAGAUGAAAUCGUAAUACCAGAAUCUGAAAAUUAUGACUAUGUGUUUGAUGAAAAAGCCAUGAUUGAUUUUACAAGUGAUAAUGAAGAUUUAUACUCAGAAACUGAAGAAGUUGAAGAAGAAGUCUUUCCAGAGGAACAAAAGUUAUUGGACUCUUUAGAAAAGGAGGAGAACCGUAUUUUGUCUGUAAAAGAAUCGAGGAAAUUAUUACCCGUUUAUCAAUACAGAGAUAAGCUAAUGAAAGCUGUGAAGGAAAACCAAGUCUUGAUUGUUGUUGGUGAGACAGGUUCCGGUAAAACUACACAGUUGCCUCAAUAUCUUUUUGAGGAUGGUUACACUCAAGGUAACAAAUUUCAAAUUGCCGUUACGCAACCACGUAGAGUUGCAGCAACCUCUGUUGCGACAAGAGUUUCUGAUGAAAUGAAUGUUGUGCUCGGUAAAGAGGUGGGUUACAGCAUUAGAUUCGACGAUAAAACUACGCCAAAUAAGACAAUUAUCAAGUAUAUGACAGAUGGUAUGCUUCUUCGGGAAUUUUUGACCGAUUCUAAGUUAUCAGCAUACUCUUGUAUUAUGAUUGAUGAAGCACAUGAACGUACACUAGCUACAGAUAUUUUAUUAGGUCUAUUAAAGGGUGUUUUGGAUCAAAGAAAAGAGCUAAGGAUACUCAUUUCAUCAGCUACAAUGAACGCCAAAAGAUUUUCGGAGUUUUUUAAUAAUUGUCCUAUUUUCAAUAUUCCUGGUAGAAGAUUCCCUGUAGAUAUUCACUACACUUUGCAACCAGAAGGUAAUUACAUUAGCGCUGCUAUUACAACAGUAUUUCAGAUCCAUACCACACAAGCUUUGAAGGGAGAUAUAUUGGUCUUCUUAACUGGUCAAGAAGAGAUCGAAACCACGAAGGAAAAGAUUGAGCAAAUAUCUGCAAAAUUAGGCUCACGAAUACCUCAGCUAAUUGUGACACCCAUUUAUGCAAAUUUGCCAAAUGAGCAGCAGCUAGCAAUUUUUCAAAAGACACCAGACAAUUGCCGUAAAGUUGUUCUAGCUACUAAUAUAGCGGAAACCUCCUUAACUAUUGAUGGUAUCAAGUAUGUCAUUGAUAGUGGUUACGUAAAGGAAAAUUCGUAUGUCCCUUCUACUGGUAUGACGCAGCUAGUGACUGUUGCAUGUUCAAAAGCAUCUACGGAUCAAAGAGCAGGUAGAGCGGGUCGUGUAGGGCCUGGUAAGUGUUUUAGAUUGUUUACCAAAUGGUCUUAUGAAAAUGAAUUAGAGCAAAUGCCCAAAGCAGAGAUAUUGAGGACAAAUUUAUCAAAUACUGUGCUAUUGUUACUCUCACUGGAUGUUACAGACCUUCUAAAUUUUCCAUUUAUGGAUAAACCAAGUAUUUCUGCCUUAACCAAAUCAUUGGAAAGUCUGUAUAUUCUAGGUGCUCUUGAUAGUAAAGGUAAGAUCACUGAACUUGGUAAGAUGAUGUGUGAAUUUCCAUGUGAACCAGAAUUUGCAAAAGUAUUGCAUACCGCAGCAACUCAUAAGAAAUGCAUUGGUGUUUUACAAGAAUGCUUAAGCAUAGUAGCAAUGUUGCAUGAAACAACCUCUAUAUUUGCAGGUAAUAAGAAAGAGGCUGUCGCAGCGAUAACUAGUGACAUAGGAAGUGAUCACUUACUAUAUUUAGAGAUUUACAACCAAUGGAGAGAUUCCAAUUAUUCAAGAACCUGGUGCCUGGAUCACAAAAUCCAGUUCAAGACAAUGUGUAGGGUAAGAAAUGUACGUGAUCAGUUGUUCAAGUGUUGUAAGAAGCUCAAGCUAACUAAUAUUCAUGAAUCUACGUCGACUGCUAACGAUAACGAUGUCAUCAGUAGGAUUACUUGUGCUUUUAUAAGUGGCUUUCCAAUGAAUAUAGUUCAGUUAGAAAAUGCAGGAUAUAAGACAAUCGGAAAAAGUAAGGGUGGUAUAAGUGUUAACCUCCAUCCUUCAAGCGUUGUUUUCCAAAAUUACAAAGUGAAUGCACAAAAACCUGAUAAAUUCAUUCUGUAUCAGCAAUUGAUUCUGACCUCAAAAGAAUUUAUCAGGGGCUGUUUACCUAUAUUGCAAGAAAAUUGGUUAGUGGAAAUGGUUCCACAUAUGUUUGGACAUUUGUCUAGAGACAAAUUGUAA